UUUUAGUUUAUGUUUAUAUAAUAAAUUUGUGUGUAAAAACAUUUUCUAUGUGUGCAUAAUGUAAUGUCAUACGAUCACCGUACUCUGUGUCCGUACUACUCUCACAUUCACAAGUGGCGUGUUGAAAGUGGGAACUCGAGACUACAAUUUGAUAAAAUUUCGGAUAGAAAUUGAGAGAUGUGAAUAAACAGUGUUUGAUUACGAACAAUAAGAUCAAGAUGUAUCGGAAAUUGAUGUGGUGUUACGUUUUCGUAUUGACUUUAUUAGAUUUAUCGCUCAACAGCAAACUGACAGCCCAGGGAAAGAGCCAUGGUGUCACAGUCCACGACUCGCUGGUGGAGGGCAUCACAUUUCAGGAAUGGGGCUCGGAGGCAGGCGCGGGCGCCGCCGCAGGCUCGGGGCGCGCGCUGCCGCCGGCGGCGCUCCGCGCGAGCCCGCCGGCGCUGUCGCUGGGCCGCGCCGCGCUCGGCGCCGCGCACGCCGCCACCGUCACGCUCACCAACACCGCCAACACCACCAUGCACCUGGCCUCUAUAGCUGGCACCACGCCCGACUUCCACGCCUCAUUCUUCGACGCCAAGACAUUGGCGUGCGGUGCCAACACAUCAUUCAGCGUGGUGUUCCUCGGGCGGCGCGAGGGGCCCGUGUCGCAGCACCUUUACAUCCACACCUCGCUGGGCGUGCUCAAAUACCCGGUGUCAGCGAUAGGUGUGGCCAGCGAGUGGGCGCUGUGGCCGCUGGUGGGCGUGCGCGUGCCGCACAACGCCACGCUGCGCCCGCUGCUGCACAUGCACAACCCCACCGACCACCCCGUGCAGGUGAUGGAGAUGUACUCAUCAGCGUCAUGGCUGGGCCUCCAGCUGCCUGAAGGCGGGGCGUCGGCGCCGCGCGAGCACUGGACGCUGCCGCCGCACUCCACCCGCGCGCUGGUGCGGCUGCGGCUGCGGCUGCCCGGCAAGGACACCACCGCCUACAUACGAAUAAAAGCGAACGUGACGGGCGCGCCGCUGGUGGUGGUGGUGGAGGCGGCGGCGGCGGCGGGCGGCGUGUACGCCGAGCCCCUGCAGCUGCGCGCCGGCACGCGCGGCGCCCAGGACAACCCCUACACGUUCUCGAUCUCGCUGGGCAACAGCGAGGGCUCGUCGCCGGCGGUGGCGGGCGGCGCCGCGGGCUCGUGCAGCCGCGCGCCGCACGCGCCGCCCGCGCCCGGCGACGCGCCGCUCCUGGCCAACGGACACCACAACGGUGGCGCGGCGGAGGGCGUGCACCUGUCGGUGCUGCGCGCGCACCUCGAGCCGCACCAGGAGCCCGAGCGCGCCGCACACCUCACGCUCGACUUCGCCGCGCUGUGGGCGGGCGCGGGGGGCGAGGCGGGGGAGGAGGCGUGGUGCGCGGGGUGGGCGGCGCUGGCGGGCGCCGCGCUGCCCUACAGCGUGCGCCUGCUGCCAGGCACGCUGCGGCUGCCCACCGACCUGCAUUUCGUGACGGCGGACGAGGGCAGCAUGCGCGCGCAGGAGGUGCGCGCCCGCAACGAGUUCCGCCAGCCCGUCCACAUUGUAGCCGUGGAGUUCCCGCCAGAUCUACUGCAACACUUCGAAACGGAGUCCUGGGCCGGCGUGCCGCUGGCGGCGGGCGCGGAGGCGCUGGUGGCGCGGCUGCGGCUGCGGCGGCGCGACCCCGACGCCGUGCUGGACUCGCGGCUCCAUGUCCGCACCAACCUCACGCACACCACCUACUCUGUUGGUGUGCUGCUCUACGGCGGGCACCUGCACAUCGAGUGGCAGUGGCCAGGCGCGGAUGCGCGUACGCUGCCGCUAGGCGCGUUGGGCACGUCGUCGACGCGGCGCGUGGUGGCGCGCGUGCGCAACCCUGCGCCCGCGCCGCUGUGCGCCACCGCGCACGCCGCGCUGCCCGGCGCCACGCUCGCGCUCAGCGCCGAGGGUACGACCCCUGACCUGACCGUGGUGGCGCGCGUGCGCAACCCUGCGCCCGCGCCGCUGUGCGCCACCGCGCACGCCGCGCUGCCCGGCGCCACGCUCGCGCUCAGCGCCGAGGGUACGACCCCUGACCUGACCGUGGUGGCGCGCGUGCGCAACCCUGCGCCCGCGCCGCUGUGCGCCACCGCGCACGCCGCGCUGCCCGGCGCCACGCUCGCGCUCAGCGCCGAGGGUACGACCCCUGACCUGACCGUGGUGGCGCGCGUGCGCAACCCUGCGCCCGCGCCGCUGUGCGCCACCGCGCACGCCGCGCUGCCCGGCGCCACGCUCGCGCUCAGCGCCGAGGGUACGACCCCUGACCUGACCGUGGUGGCGCGCGUGCGCAACCCUGCGCCCGCGCCGCUGUGCGCCACCGCGCACGCCGCGCUGCCCGGCGCCACGCUCGCGCUCAGCGCCGAGGGUACGACCCCUGACCUGACCGUGGUGGCGCGCGUGCGCAACCCUGCGCCCGCGCCGCUGUGCGCCACCGCGCACGCCGCGCUGCCCGGCGCCACGCUCGCGCUCAGCGCCGAGGGUACGACCCCUGACCUGACCGUGGUGGCGCGCGUGCGCAACCCUGCGCCCGCGCCGCUGUGCGCCACCGCGCACGCCGCGCUGCCCGGCGCCACGCUCGCGCUCAGCGCCGAGGGCGGGUGUGUGCCGGCGGGGGGCUGGGCGACGGCGGUGCUGACGGUGGUGGCCCCGGCCCGCGCGGGUCCGGUGCUGGGCUCGGUGUGGCUGCAGGCGCCGGCCGCGCGCGCCGAGACGGCCGUGUCGCUGGCCGCGCUGCCCGGCGCCGUGCGCGCGCGCCUGCUGCACCACCGCGGCGGCGACGACUGCCAGGCCGCGCCGUGGGCGAGCGGCUGGGCGCCGGCGCUGGUGGUGGAGAGCACGAUGGCGCUCAAGAUGAAGCUGACGAGGGUCGAGCCGCAGCCGCCCGACCCCGCACUCGUUUUUAUACCACCGGAAGACCCGGAAGCGUGGUGGAUCGGUCCCGGUACGAACACCAUCGGCCACGUACAAUACCUGCCCGAGCUGGCCUGCGGCUCGGCCUGCUAUACCGGCCUGACCAUCGACACGGAGGAGUGGCUUCAAACGUCGCUGGAGGCGGACUUGGAGCUGUUGCUGAAGCGGCGCGCGCUGUACGAGGCGGAGCGGCUGCGCGCCGUCAGGAAUGUGUCGCUCGCCAUCGACACCACUGAGGUGAGCACACACCGGGGAGUGGCGAACAAGGCUAGAAGCAGGUUUGAUAUAGACACCACUGAGAUGGUGCGCAUCCCGGUGUCGGGCUGGGUGCGCUGGGGCUGGCCGCGGCUGGCGGGCGCGGGCGCGGGAAUGUUCCGCUCGCGCUCCGGACCGAUGUAUGGAUCUGCAUCUAAUGUGAAGACCGCCUUACGAGCCGGCUGCGACCUCGCGCGGCGUCUGGAGAUCGAAGAAUGCGCCCACAGGCAGUGCGUAUACGUGCCCGGCGUGUUCACGGCGUCGGAGUGGCGCGCCGUGCGCGGCGCGGCGGCGCCGCUGCGGGCCGGCGACGACGCGGCGGCGCCGUUGCGGGCCGGCCACCCCGCCCAGCUGCCCGCGCUGCUGCUCGGCCCCGGUGCCGAGAUAGAACUCAAGAUAGACUUCCUCCCGCCCGACGCUGAAAUGUAUUCUGCACAUGAUAAUGCUCCCAUACACACGUCAGCCAUAGUCACAAAGUCGUUUGAAGAAAACCAGAUUGAAGUUCUAGAUUGGCCAUCCUUGUCUCCUGAUCUGAACAUCAUGGAGAAUGCCUGGGGUUGGCUGUCUCGGAAUAAUUUAACAAUAGUGGAGGCGGUGCAGCUGGGCGGGCGCGGCGCCGUGCCGCGCUUCGAGCUGGGCGGCCGCCGCGCGCACCACCACCACCACCAGCCCAUACUGCUGCAGAUUCCGGAUUGCGAGGAGGGCCAAGACUGCGAAGCCGCCGUCGCCAGCCCGGAGGAGUCGCGCUGGGAGGUCCGGCGCGCGCUGCUGGCGCGCAACACGGGCGCCGUGCCGCUGCGCCUGCGCGCCUGGCGCCUCGCCGGCGAGCCCUGCGCCGCGCGCGGCUUCAGGCUCGACCCCUGCGCGCCGCUCACUCUGCAGCCCAACGAGACUCGCGCGUUGACCUUGUCUUUCAGAACCGAUUGCUCGCUAGCGAGAGUUCCCUGUCCGUUAACCCUUCGAUCGGACUCCGGUCCGGCGGCCUUCAGGCUCCUGGGCGCGGUCCCCGCGCGAUUGUUACCGAUUUGUGCUCGGCAGCAGCCUCGGCCGGCGUGGGAGCCGGCGUUGCGCGCGUCCGGCGCGCUGCUCGCCGUCGUCGCGCUCGCGCUGGUGCUCGCCGCCGCCGCGCUCGACGCCGAGCGCUUGCUCCGGCGCGCGAGGGACGCGAGACAAACUCCGGCGCCGCGCGCGCCAUUAGAUUUAAGAGCGUUGGCGCGGGAACAACCCACAACGGUACCUCCCCCGCCGGCCGCGCCGCGGCGGCGUAAACCGCGCCGAACGCAACCGCCGCUCGACCCGGCGGCCGAACGUCGAGCUUUCGAACACUGGCGCGCAGAGAUGCUGAGACGCGACGCGCCGCGAGCGGAAGACGAGUCGUCUCGGUCGAGCGAAGACGCCGAUACGCAGCCUCAACCCGACGUCGAACCUGCCCAGCCGCAGCCGCCCUCUGAGCCGCCGCCGGACGCGUCCGACACUGAACCGGACACGGAAGAGCAACCGCGCACCCCGACCGACUCGGACGCAGCGUCCGGCACGGACUCGUCGUCGCCCCCCGACGACCCCGACGAGCCGCCCGCGGUGCUGGCGCCGACGCCGACGAGCGCGCCGCCGCCGCCGCCGCCGCCGGAGCCGCGCGGCGCGGCGGCGGCGCGCGCGGCGCGGCGGGACGCCACCGGCGGCGGCGGCGGCGGCGGCGGCGGCUCGCCCACGCGGCGCAGCGAGCCGCCGGCCAGGCCGCGCGCCCCGCCCGGGAAACAUCACACUCGCAAAGAUAAGGUGUCGAAGCGGCGCAGCGAGCGGCCCGCAGCAGCGGCGCGCGUGUCGCCGCCGCAGUGCGAGGCGCGGCCCGCGGGCGCGGCGGGGCCGGGGGUGGGGGGAGGCGGCGCGGCGGGGGCGGCAGGGGGGGCGCUGCGCUGGGGCGCCUCGUGGUCCAGCGUCGUGGCGGCCGGCGCGCUGCCGCCCAUCGGCGACCCCGUGCGCAGGUCCCCUCCGUCCCUGGCGGCGGCGGCGGCGCCGGCGCCGGCGGGCGACCAGUCGCUGUUCUACUACAACGACGCGCACGUGCUGCGCGCGCAGCAGCCGCCCGCGCCCGCGCCCCCGCGCGACGACUACGCGCCCGCCUGGCGCCCGCACGAGCGCUCGCCCUUCGACGCGCCCGCCCCGAGGGACUACCGAGGUGAGUGUAGUGUAGGUGCCGCUACAGGGAACCACCUGUUCCACUACAACGACGCGCACGUGCUGCGCGCGCAGCAGCCGCCCGCGCCCGCGCCCCCGCGCGACGACUACGCGCCCGCCUGGCGCCCGCACGAGCGCUCGCCCUUCGACGCGCCCGCCCCGAGGGACUACCGAGGUGAGUGUAGUGUAGGUGCCGCUACAGGGAACCACCUGUUCCACUACAACGACGCGCACGUGCUGCGCGCGCAGCAGCCGCCCGCGCCCGCGCCCCCGCGCGAUGACUACGCGCCCGCCUGGCGCCCGCACGAGCGCUCGCCCUUCGACGCGCCCGCCCCGAGGGACUACCGAGGUGAGUGUAGUGUAGGUGCCGCUACAGGGAACCACCUGUUCCACUACAACGACGCGCACGUGCUGCGCGCGCAGCAGCCGCCCGCGCCCGCGCCCCCGCGCGACGACUACGCGCCCGCCUGGCGCCCGCACGAGCGCUCGCCCUUCGACGCGCCCGCCCCGAGGGACUACCGAGGUGAGUGUAGUGUAGGUGCCGCUACAGGGAACCACCUGUUCCACUACAACGACGCGCACGUGCUGCGCGCGCAGCAGCCGCCCGCGCCCGCGCCCCCGCGCGACGACUACGCGCCCGCCUGGCGCCCGCACGAGCGCUCGCCCUUCGACGCGCCCGCCCCGAGGGACUACCGAGGUGAGUGUAGUGUAGGUGCCGCUACAGGGAACCACCUGUUCCACUACAACGACGCGCACGUGCUGCGCGCGCAGCAGCCGCCCGCGCCCGCGCCCCCGCGCGACGACUACGCGCCCGCCUGGCGCCCGCACGAGCGCUCGCCCUUCGACGCGCCCGCCCCGAGGGACUACCGAGGUGAGUGUAGUGUAGGUGCCGCUACAGGGAACCACCUGUUCCACUACAACGACGCGCACGUGCUGCGCGCGCAGCAGCCGCCCGCGCCCGCGCCCCCGCGCGACGACUACGCGCCCGCCUGGCGCCCGCACGAGCGCUCGCCCUUCGACGCGCCCGCCCCGAGGGACUACCGAGGUGAGUGUAGUGUAGGUGCCGCUACAGGGAACCACCUGUUCCACUACAACGACGCGCACGUGCUGCGCGCGCAGCAGCCGCCCGCGCCCGCGCCCCCGCGCGACGACUACGCGCCCGCCUGGCGCCCGCACGAGCGCUCGCCCUUCGACGCGCCCGCCCCGAGGGACUACCGAGGUGAGUGUAGUGUAGGUGCCGCUACAGGGAACCACCUGUUCCACUACAACGACGCGCACGUGCUGCGCGCGCAGCAGCCGCCCGCGCCCGCGCCCCCGCGCGACGACUACGCGCCCGCCUGGCGCCCGCACGAGCGCUCGCCCUUCGACGCGCCCGCCCCGAGGGACUACCGAGGUGAGUGUAGUGUAGGUGCCGCUACAGGGAACCACCUGUUCCACUACAACGACGCGCACGUGCUGCGCGCGCAGCAGCCGCCCGCGCCCGCGCCCCCGCGCGACGACUACGCGCCCGCCUGGCGCCCGCACGAGCGCUCGCCCUUCGACGCGCCCGCCCCGAGGGACUACCGAGUUCCAGACGAGGGUCACACCGUGAACGGGUCGCACGCGUACGGCACCAUCGGGUCGCCGUGGAGCAGCUCGCUGUGGACGGCGGGCGCGCUGCGGCCGCCGCCGGGGUUCGGGCCGCGCGCGCCGCCGGGCCCGCCGCCCGCCGCCCCCCCCUCCCCCGCGCCGCCGCCGGUGCGCGCCUUCGACCCCUUCCACUCGCUCGCCUCCAUCUGGGCGCCCGCCGCCUUCGACUGGCGCGCCGACCCCGUGCGCCCGCCCCCGCCCCGCAAACACAACUGAACUGUCGACGCCGACUUAUAUCACGAUACGCUUGCCGAAAGUUCAAACCUCUAAACUGCUACUCUGAUGCUAUUUCGUAGGAGUUGACUCUAAUUUUUUUUAUUGCUAAUGUUACAAAAUUACCUUUCGCCGAUUUACAGCAGAAUUACGUGUCAAUUUUGACUUUUUGACUCAAAAUGAAUGACAUCGAUGAGUGUAUUGCAAUGUGAGGAGCGAUGACGUUCCCUCCCCCGCCCCCCCGGCGCCGGUGUCUAGUCAUGUGUCCCCACCGGCGGCCGCCGAACAAAGCGAUCGUCUGUGCAAGACUGAAUAAACUUACAACAAACGUA